UAAUUACUUUAUUGAUGGACAUAGUUGUAGCUUUUUUAAAAGAAAAAUCCGACAAGGAAAUCUCGAGUUUGCUUCAUAACAAGAACAUAGCAUAUAAUUAGUAGGACCAGUCUCUUCCUCUCAAGACGAAACACUUUUUAUAGGCAAAGACUAGCCAAGUCCCCCUAUGUCCACUACGACAACGACCUCUCCCAAUUCUCUUUAGUAGUUGAAUCCACCAAACUAAAGGAAGAUGUUGUCUAGUAAAAACGUCGUCGUAGUCGAGGCUUGGAACACCACCACCACAACACAAACGCAAACGCAGACGCCUCACAGACCGUCAUUGUUGCACCCAACUUUUUAUUGGGGUUACAACUGCCAAGUGCUCUUCUCAGGAUGGCCUGGUUCUGACCGUGGGAUGUAUGCACUGGCACUUAUCUUCGUCUUCUUUUUGGCGUUCUUGGCUGAGUGGCUAGCUCGGUGCUCUGACGCAGCCUCCAUAAAACCGGGUGCUGAUAAGCUUGCAAAGGUUGCUUUCCGUACGGCUAUGUACGCCGUUAAGUCCGGGUUUAGCUACCUUGUGAUCCUUGCUGUUGUUUCGUUCAACGGUGGCGUUUUCCUAGCCGCGAUUUUCGGGCAUGCUCUCGGGUUCACCGUUUUUCGUGGACGAGCGUUUCGAAAUGUGGGUCGUGUCGACGGGUAGGACUCAUGAGUGAAAAUAUAUAUCAUCAGUACCUUCAAGGCUAAAUAACCGAACCAAACGAGAAUGGAACUUGUUUUUGGUUUUUGUUGGCGUGAUUUGUCAUUUGUGUUGUGAAAUGUAAAGAAAAAAAGAAAAAAAAUACAAACAAAAGAGAGUUGUAUUGUGUAAUACGUUGCAUUUGGUCUGGUGUGUGGAGUAAAGUUUUGUUAUUUUGGUUUUCAUUUUUUUUUAUUUCUUUAUAAUAAUAAA